CUCCCGCGGGCGGCGUGGACGCACGUGCCCGUUGCCACCGCCAGGGGGGGUUGGUCCCUGGCGCGCGGGGUCCGCGCCUGCCACCUUCCCCCGCGGCCGUGCCCGUGCUCCCUGUUGCCAAUUGCCAUCGCUUUUGCCGGCGCGCCGCUCUCUCAUUGAGCUUCCCUUUCCCUGUUCGGUAUCCCGGACCCUGACGCCCUCCUGUUCCCGUAUCUUUCUCUCUCUGCUCGGCCACCCGCCAUCGCCAUUGCCGCCCCCGCCGGCACUGGAAGGGCGCGCCAGCGGUGUGCGGCGGCCUUAGGCUAGGCUAGGCCUUCCCGGUGGUAUUCCCUCGACCAACGGCCGACGAAACGAACGGUGAUUCAGCCGAGGCGGCGACCCUCCUCGUGCCUUCGCGGCCCAGUUCUUUCUUCCUGACGUGCCUCUGGCGGUCUCCGCUCCGUCGCCGGUGACGCUCGCCUUGCCGCGUGGCGCUUCUCGCUUUUCCAGAUCCCGGGCUCCGAUCAGAUCACCCGGCUACCUAAAGGCAACCGCGAGAGGACAGGCCAUGGGCGUUGUUGAGGUUGAGGCAAAGCAAGAUGCUCGGUGCAGCAUCAAGAAAACUCUAAGGUGCUCUAUCAGAACGAGCUGGAGAUGUGCGUAUGAACAUUGGGCAAUAUUCAGCCUCGUGCUGCUGCUCUAUCUGCUGCACAAGUACACGCCGGGUUUCUUCGCUUUCCUGCUCUCCACUUCUCCGGUGAUUAUAUGCACCAGCCUUCUCCUUGCCGUGCUGCUAUGCCAUGGGAGCGCACACCUUCCGGAGAUCCAUGAAGACCGGAAGGCUCCUGGACAAAUUUCAGCUGGGAGCUCGUCCAGAGAUGUUUGUGCUGAAGAACAACAGAGGUUUUCAGGUCCUACAUUGAAGAAGAACAUAAGCACAGAGGCAAGUUUUCGCAGAAGGGACUGUAACAAUCAUCCUGAUCUGGGUGAAAAUGUUCCUCUUCUGAAGCAAGUUUGUCAAGGGGAUGGGAGACUCGAAAAAUUUCACACUUCUGUUCCUUAUCUGAAGCAAGAAGCUGCUACGGAAGAGUACAUGAAGUAUAAUGCAGAAAAAGAGUCUAAAGGUGCAUUUCCUAGCAAGGAUGAGUAUGCCAGUUCGUUCGAUGACGUGCAUUCAAGUGAGGAUGUUAAAGUGGUGGCAAAACCAGAUGAUCAAGGGACAGUAUCUACAGAUGCACAGAGUGGUGAGGUGGCAGAUAUUUCACCAGACCAUAAGGCUGUUGAUGGAACACCAAGUAAAUGCAAAUGGGGUCGUGCAUUUUCCGUGCGCCGGAGGAAGAAGCUUGCUGAUAUAAAGGUCGAGGCUAUUAAUUCUGUUGUGGACAACCAAUUAGACCAUUCUCUAUUCUCACCAUUCGAUACAUUUGGCAGCCAUGAUAACAGUUCAUCAGGAUUUGACCAUGAUACUGCAGAGAGACACUCUCCUGAUGUUUCCAUGACAGACAAUUCUCAAGUACUUGAUGAGACUGAGACAGGCCCUCCUUUGGGUGUUGAUUGCUCUUGCCCUGAUCCCAUUACUACUGAUGAUUCAGACAAUCAUUUGAACAUAUAUUCUCUGGAUUCUCAACCACAAAGUGUUAACAGCGAAGUGGCUGACAAUAGCAAGGCCAGAGAUGAUGGUGAGGAGAAGAAGGAUGAUGCUGGAACUGAGCCUGCACUUCUGUGGACAGCUGACAACGAGAAGAAUGUCAUGGAUCUUGGGUACUCCGAAAUCGAAAGGAACCGUCGGUUGGAGACACUGAUGGUGAAGAGAAAAUCAAGGAAAAACAUACAAUUUGAUCCUGACAGCUUGGGCGGUAUUUCAGUUUCAGCACGAAGGAUGAACCCCUUUGCUGAUGAUGCAGAAAUUCCAGGCUCGGCUCCUCCUAUUCUGCAUCCACGAGACAAUGAUCCCUUCGAUUUCCUUACUGAUGAGCAAUCAGACGACAGUGGCCUCCCUGCACCCGAUAAUCUGGAACCCCAGAAGGAUCCAAUGCCAGUUCUUCAUCAAGACGCGCUCUUCAGAAGGCACGAGAGCUUCAGCUUCGGCAGGCCGCCUCAGAGUCAGAGACACGGACUCAGCAGGUUCAAGCCAUGCUUUGCCCCAGAGGAAUCCAGCCUUGACGAAGCGAGCACAAGCAGUUUCCAGCGGCAGUUCAGUGACCGGAGCGUGUCAAGGCUGAGCGUCGUCUCCGAGUGCGACACGGUCUCUUCGGUCGGCGAUCAGGAGCACAACGACCUCAUCCGGAACUACAUCCGCGGGGUGCGUGAAUCAUCGCCGAGCCUGCUAGGGCAGCAGGACGGCGGCGGCGAUGGCGACGCCGUGUCUGUGUGUGCUGGAAACGAGUGCUCGGACGGGAUCAGCAGCUUCGUGGACAAUGAGACUCUGAAUGCUGUCAUCUGCUGAUGAUGAUGUGUGGAUAGAUGAGCCCUUGGACUUCACUGCAACGAACUUUGAUUUGUUGAUCGUGGAUGAUGAAGAGCAGACGAGGUUGCUGUAGCCCUUUUAUGUGUUCGUCGUUUCUUUUUGCCUGUGUUGCACUCGUCUGACGUACAGGGGGGUUGUAUUCUAGUAUACUUGGUACAUUUGCACAGUACAAAACAUACUGUUUUGCUGUAUGUACAUUCUCGCGUGUAGUUGCGUACUGUACAAAGGAUCAGAUGCUAUAAAGGCUGAACACUUGGUACAUUUGCACAGUACAAAACA